UCCUUUUCACAUCGACGAUGGGUUGUCUGAGAUUAUUCUGCGUCUUGUUUUGGAUAACAAAGGAUAUCGCACAGAUGGAACCUGGUCCCUUUGGAAGGCGUCGGUAUUUAAACAAGAAACCAAAAGUCCCAUUUCAACCAAUUGGCCAUCAUGAAUCCGGCUGCCGCAACAUUGGGACCUUUGCUACUGGGCCUGAUGUUCAAUCUACUCUUGCUGGGCAUGAUAUUCGUGCAAUACUACAUGUAUUUCAUCAAGUACCAACGGUAUGUCUACGUCCUUUUGCUCGUCAAUGUGGCUGGAACGGUUAUGUACAUGAUUGAUAUGUACAUUGCGCUGAUACUAAACUUUGGAAACGCGAAAUCUUACACCCACUCAACAUGGCACUCGGCAUUAACGGCUAUCAUGGCUGGCGCAGUACAACUCUUCUUCGCAUGGCGCGUUAAGGUUCUCACGUCUACCUGGGUUUCUGCCCCUCUUCGAAUCUUCUUCGGCCUAAUUAUAACGCUUUUACUAGCCGGUGGUAUAGCCACAGCCGCUGAAGCCAACGCUCAAGAGGCAGUAACAGAUUUUCAAAAAUUCAAGGUCACAGUGAUCAUCUGGCUCGUAUCCAGUUGCGUUUGUGACUUCUUGAUCACCGGGGCUUUAGUAUGGUAUCUGUACCGCGGUCACAAAACCGGAUUCGAGCAGUCCGAUGAGCUGAUGGAUAGGAUUAUCCGGCUUACUGUUCAAACGGGAUUGAUCACGUCCCUUUGCGCGAUGAUGGAUCUCAUAAAGUUUCUUGCCAUCGCCUCUCCAAGCGUCCACAUAAUAUUCACUGGCAUGCUCGGAAAGCUCUAUACCAACGCGCUUAUGAGCAGCCUAAAUGCUCGCUCUGGAUGGUCGUACUCUGUAUCAUCGAAAACAAACUUGGACACGUCUAGGAAGAAGGAUGACGUGGUUCGAUUGACCACUACCAACACCGAGGUCUUCGUGCAGGUGGAACGUCAUGAGAUGAGACCUAUGGGUACCCAAAGAGUCUCCGAGUCGGAAGACUGGGAAGCGAAGCAGGGGAUAUG